AGAUUUUAAGAAGAUUUUUCGCGAGAUCCGACAGAAAACUACACUCCUUAUUAGUCAUCAUUGUCGAACAAAAUGCCCGCUGAUUUGGCUGACUUAACCUUAAGCGCCCUCUUCACUUCUGAGAAGAGCGGCAGCGACGAGUCUGGAGACGGCAGCGAGGCCAAGCCCUAUAAGAGCAUCCUGCAGGCGAUGCGCCAUGCCGGCAAGGAGCCGUUCCCAACAAUCUACGUGGAUAGCAAGGACCCGAACGCCACCGAGUCCUUCGAGCCGGCCGCCAAGUCCCAGCUAAAGAAGAUCCAGAAGCUGUUCGUGCGCGAGGGACACAAGAACGCCGAGAAGCACCAGCGUGAGGCUGGGGAUGCCGAGAAGCGCCAGCAGAACCUCGAGGAGGCGCGCAAUGUUAAGAUCUCGGAGGACCCCAGUUGGCCCGUGGCACGUAAAAUCCGCAUCAUGGAGGGCACUGAGAACCGUGGAUCUCGAGUGAAGGUCUAUGGCUGGGUGCAUCGCUUGCGGCGUCAGGGAAAGGCCCUGAUAUUCAUCACGCUGAGGGAUGGCACUGGGUUCCUGCAGUGCGUGCUCAACGACCAGCUCUGCCAGACGUACGAAGCUCUCACCCUGAGCACCGAGAGCACUGUUGUUCUGUUUGGCACUCUGAAGCUGAUCCCAGAGGGCAAGACCGCACCCGGCGGUCAUGAGCUCAAUGUAGACUACUGGGAGCUGAUCGGACUAGCGCCACCGGGUGGCGCCGACGCUAUACUAAAUGAGGAGGCGCAGCCGGAUGUCCAGCUGGACAACCGGCACAUCAUGAUCCGUGGCGAGAACACCUCCAAGGUGCUCAAGAUGCGGUCUGUGGUGAUGCAGGCCUUCCGGGCGCACUAUUUGGCACGUGGUUACAAUGAGGUGACGCCUCCCACAUUGGUGCAGACCCAGGUGGAGGGGGGCUCCACGCUGUUCAAGCUUCAAUACUUCAGUGAGGAGGCCUAUCUCACCCAGAGCUCGCAACUGUAUCUGGAGACCUGUCUCCCGGCUUUGGGCGAUGUCUUCACUAUUGCCCAAAGUUAUCGGGCGGAGCAGAGUCGCACUCGCCGCCAUCUGGCCGAGUACACACACAUAGAGGCGGAGUGUCCCUUCCUCACAUUUGACGACCUCUUGGAUCGCCUGGAGGACCUCGUCUGCGACGUGGUCGACCGUGUGCUGAAGUCCCCAUGGGGCAAUCUUGUGAAGGAGCUGAACCCCGACUUUAAGCCGCCAACGAAGCCCUUCCGACGCAUGAACUAUUCCGAUGCCAUCAAAUGGCUGAAGGAGAACAACGUGACCAAGGAUGACGGCACAUUCUACGAGUUUGGCGAGGACAUCCCAGAGGCCCCCGAGCGCAAGAUGACCGAUGCCAUCAACGAGCCCAUAAUGCUGUGUCGCUUCCCGGCCGAGAUCAAAUCGUUCUACAUGUCUCGCUGCCCGGAGGAUAAGACUCUUACCGAAAGCGUAGACGUGCUGCUUCCCAAUGUAGGCGAAAUCGUCGGGGGCUCCAUGAGGAUCUUCGACAGUGAGGAGCUGCUCAAGGGCUAUCAGCGCGAGGGCAUCGACCCCAAGCCCUAUUACUGGUACACCGAUCAACGCAUCUACGGAACGCUUCCACAUGGCGGCUAUGGUCUGGGUCUGGAACGCUUCCUCUGCUGGCUGCUCAACCGCUACCACAUUCGCGAGGUUUGCCUCUAUCCCCGUUUCCUCGACAGAUGCAAGCCCUAAGCAUCCAGCUAUCCAUCUUGCGUCAGCAUUUAGACAGCAAAUCCUUGAACUCAACUAUUUAAAGCUUGUGCUCUAUUCAUAGUCUCUAACCAUCUAUCUGUAUCUGUAUCUGCAUCCAGCUAUCCAUCUUGCGUCAGCAUUUAGACAACAAAUCCUUGAACUCAACUAUUUACAGCUUCUGCUGUAUUCAUAGUCUCUAACCAUCUAUCUGUAUCCGAAAUUUUCAAAAUAAAGGCCGCGCCUAUGCUUGAUCAGAA